CUGGCAGAAAUGAUUUUAGGAUUGGAUUGAUUUUAGGAUGGUUGCCGCGUCGCAUGAAUUAAUUCAAGUUGUUGAGAUGAACAGGAAGGAGUAGGACUGCAUGCUGCUGAGACGACGAUGCAGCUGGCAUGCAACAAGCAUGAAUCUGCAUCAUCCCUUGUUUCAGACCUGAAAAUUCAGUGUCUCUGCUCCAAUUAGGCAGGCGGUGUUGGAUUGCUAUGCUCCUCUCAUCCACAGCCACAGCUAAAAAUAGCCUCUCCUCUCAUUGUCAUGUCCUUCAGUCUCUCGCAGCCACACCACCCUGAUUGAUGCGCAAGCAGAGGCAGAGGUAGAGGCGGAGGCACCAGAAACAGAGUAAAGCCAAGAAAGAAAGAAAGAAAGAAGCAAAUGGAAGGGAUGAUCAAUGGCGCUGCCUAGCCUACCCGGCCAUCACAUCACUUAGCAGCAGCAAUGGCUGAGGUUGCCAACCUCUCGUCGGGGUCUGUGGAGCCGACGGUCAAGCCGCUGGCGGCGGCGUGCUACGACAACAACCUCGUCAACUCGCAGGGCAUGUUCCUCGGCGACCAGCCGCUGCGCUUCUCCCUCCCGCUCCUCCUCGUCCAGGUCUCCCUCAUCCUCCUCCUCUCCGCCGCCGCCAACCUCGUGCUCCGCCGCCUCGGCCAGUCCCGCUUCGUCACCCACAUGCUCGUCGGCGUCCUCCUCGGCCCCACCGUCCUCGGCCGCAGCGACUCCUUCCGCGGCGUCCUCUUCUCCGAGCGCGGCACCUACAUCCUCGAGAGCGUCUCCCUCGUCGCCCUCAUCCUCUUCCUCUUCUCCAUGGGCGUCAAGACCGACCUCAGCCUCCUCCGCCGCCCCAGCGGCCGCGCCGUCGCUGUCGGCAUCACCGGCUCCCUCGUCCCGCUCGCCGUCACGCUCCCCGUCUUCCACGCCCUCCAGCCCUCGCUGCCCGAGGACCUGCGCGGCUCCUCCCUCAUCACCGAGCUCGCCGUCCGCCUCUCCCUCUCCUCCUUCCCCGUCAUCGCCGACGCGCUCUCCGACCUCGACCUCCUCAACACCGACCUCGGCCGCAUCGCGCUCACCGCCUCGCUCAUCACCGACGUCACCUCCUGGUUCCUCCGCGCCUGCUCCGCCGCCGUCUUCCUCGUCUCCGAGGCCAAGUCGCCGGCCUUCACGGCGCAGAUCCUCGCCUCCUUCGUCGCCUUCGUGCUCUUCGUCGGAUUCGUCGCGCGCCCCGCCGGCCGCUACAUCGCCUACAAGCGCACCCCGGCGGGGGCGCUCCUCUCCGAGGGGUCCGUCGUCGUCGUCGUCAUCGCCGCGCUGCUGUCGGCGCUGGUCACGGACGCCAUCGGGUUCAAGUACAUGAUCGGGCCCAUGAUGCUGGGGCUGGCGCUCCCCGGCGGCAUGCCCAUCGGCGCCACCAUGACGGAGCGCCUCGACUCCUUCUUCAUCGCGCUCUUCCUGCCCGUGUACAUGGCGCUCUCCGGCUACCGCACCGACCUGGCGGAGCUCACCAAGGAGGAGACCUCCGAGAAGUGGUGCGCGCUGGAGCUGUUCGUGGGGCUCUGCGUCUCCGGCAAGCUGGUGGGCUGCGUCGCGGCGGGGCUCUUCUUCGCCAUGCCGUUCCGGGACGCCGUCGUGCUGGCGCUGAUGCUCAACAUCCGCGGCAUCGUGGAGGUGGCGGCCAUCAACAACUGGGGCGACACCAUGAAGGCCACGGCGGAGCACUACAGCAUCCUGACGCUGUCCAUGGUGUUCAUCACGGCGGUGUCCACGCCGCUCAUCAAGCUGCUGUACGACCCGUCGGGGCAGUUCACGCGGGCCAAGCGCCGGACGCUGGAGGACCUGCGCCCCAGCGCCGACCUCCGCCUGCUCACCUGCGUCUACGGCGAGGACCACGCCGCGCCGCUGAUCGACCUGCUGGAGGCGUCGGCGGGGGCCUCGCGGGAGAGCCCCGUCUCGCUCAUCGUGCUCCACGUCACGGAGCUCGUCGGCCGCGCCGCCUCCGUGCUCAAGCCCCACCGCGCUGCAAGGAAGAGCAGCUCAGGCGGCCCGACGCCGUCGGACCGGAUCAUGAACGCGUUCCGGCACCUGGAGCAGCAGGCGGCGCCGGGCGCCGUGACGGUGAGCCCCUACGUGGCGCAGGCGCCCUACAGCUCGAUGCACCACGACGUGUGCUCGCUGGCGCACAGCCGCAAGGCCAACCUCAUCCUGCUGCCCUUCCACAAGUCCUCCGACGGCGCGCGCAGCACCGUCAACAACUCCAUCCGCUCCAUCAACCGCGCCGUCCUCCAGUACGCGCCCUGCUCCGUCGCCAUCCUCGUCGACCACGGCCUCGCCGCCGGCUCCGCCUGCGCCACCACCGCCAACAGCCUCCUGCAGAGGGCCGCGCUCUACUUCCUCGGCGGGCCCGACGACCGCGAGGCGCUCGCGUACGCCGCGCGGAUGCCGGACGCCGGGACCAUGUCGCUCACCAUGGUCAGGUUUAAGCUGCGCAACUGGGCGGGGAUGGGCGGCAGCGACGAGGCCAGGGACGAGGAGGUGCUGCACCAGUUCUGGACCAGGCACCGGGACAACGACCGCGUCGUCUACGUGGAGAAGACGGUGGAGGACGCCGAGGGCACAGCCUCCGUCGUGCGCUCCAUGAGCGAGAAGUUCGACCUGCUCAUAGUCGGCCGGCGGGGAGGGGACGACAAGGACCUAGAGAGCUCGGCGGCGCUCACCAGCGGCCUCUCGGACUGGAGCGAGUUCCCGGAGCUGGGCGUGCUGGGUGACAUGCUCGCCUCCGCCGAGUUCGCGUCAAGGGUCUCCAUCCUCGUCAUCCAGCAGCAGCCGGUCAAGAAUACCACCGGCUGUUAGAAAUAUAUACAUAUAUAGGGAUUCAAUGAUUCAUCCAUUGGUGUUAAUUAAUUUUGAGAAGAACAAUAAAUCAUGUCUUUGCUCAUAUAUAAUUGCAUGCAACAAGUUGUAUGCUGUAUACUAUACUACCAAUAGUCAUUGCAAGAACAAAGACCAUCUCUAAAACAGUGAAAACGAUUGUUAUCCCGAACAAUAAUUUCACGAUUGGUUAUCCUA